AUGGCUCCUCUCAAUGUGUUGAUGGUCGGCACCGGCGAAUACACCACCGGCUUCGUCGGUGGUGGAAUGUCUGGCUCCGACAAGAAAGUCGGUGUCGUCGGGUUGACAUUGUUCGAUCUCCGGCGGAGAGGGAAGGUUGGCAAGCUGAGCAUGGUGGGCACCUCGGGGAACAAGUUUCCGGCCAUUCGCGACCAUCUGCACAAGAACAUCACCCAGGCCUACAAUGGCCUAGACACCUCGUUCGACUCUUUCCCGGCCGACGACAAGCGCGAUCCCGACGCGUACAAGGCCGCCAUUGACGCUCUCUCCCCCGGCGACGCCAUCACCAUCUUCACUCCCGACACCACACACUACCCCAUCGCCCUGUACGCCAUUCAGCGCAAGAUCCAUGUUCUGGUGACGAAGCCCGCUGUGCAACUCCUGGAGCACCACCAGGCGCUGCUGGAGGAAGCGAGGAAGAAUGGCGUCUUUGUUUUCGUCGAGCACCACAAGCGCUUCGAUCCUGCCUAUGCCGAUGCGCGCUUCAGGGCUCAGAAGCUGGGCGACUUCAACUACUUCUACAGUUACAUGUCGCAGCCCAAGUCUCAGCUCGAGACUUUCAAGGCGUGGGCUGGCAAGGAUAGCGACAUUUCUUACUACCUGAACUCGCACCACAUCGACAUCAACGAGUCCAUGGUGCCCGACUUCAAGCCCGUGCGCGUGACUGCCAGCGGUGCUAAGGGCAUUGCCACCGACCUCGGCUGUGUUGAGCAGACCGAAGAUACCAUUACCUUGUUGGUCGACUGGGUGAAGAAGACCGACCCUUCGAAGAGAGCAACCGGUGUCUACACUGCCAGCUGGACAGCACCACAGAAGGCUGGCGUCCACAGCAACCAGUACUUCCACUAUAUGGCAGCUAAGGGCGAGGUCAGAGUAAACCAGGCCAAGAGAGGGUAUGACGUCACUGAGGAUGAGGCGGGCCUGGUGUGGUUCAACCCAUUCUACAUGAAGUAUGCGCCGGACGAGGAAGGAAACUUCAACGGUCAGACCGGAUAUGGAUACAUUUCGUUUGAGAAGUUCGUGGAUGCAGUCACAGCCCUGAAGGAGGGCAGGGUGACUUUGGACGACCUCGAUAAGCGCGGUCUGCCUACCCUGAAGAACACGAUUGCUACUGGCGCCAUUCUUGAAGCUGGCCGGAGAUCGUUGGACGAGAAGAGACCGAUCGAUAUUGUUGAGGAAAACGGGUGGGCCGACGAACAAUUCGACAACCAUGCACAGUACUACCUUGACCAGGAAGAUGACGACGGCAGGCUUAACUACAUACUAUCAUGGAAUCGCAUGCGCUCGCCUCUGGAGCUACAGCGCAGACUUAGGAUAUGGCUCAAAGAUCGAUACAUAUUUUACUCCCACUAUUUCGGCGGCGCCAAGUAUCUCGCAGAAGAGGUCCUCAAAGUUCUGGUUCAAGCGCGUGACGGCGUUGCUACGAAAGAUGAUGCCAGACUGGCAAUCCACCAUGCCCUUGACAUGAAUAAGGCGAGAAAUAUUGCACUCAGGUGUGAACACAACCGUCUAAACAGAGAUGCCGAAUUCCUCGUCCAGUCCCUCAUUGAACAAAGUGUCUACCCAUACAGCGAGGAGGACGUAUUGGAUGCUCUCCAUAAUGCCCAUGAUUCAUUGGACUGCACAUUCGAAGUGCAGAUCGCUGUUGCUCUGCAGCUCGUCGAUGGCUCUACGGACUACGAAACUACAUUGGUCAACCAAUACCGACUCAUCGCGCAGUACGAUCCGGUCGAAUCGAUAACCGCGGCGGAGAGCAUGUGGGUCGACCUGUUAGGUGAGGUUCACAACGAUGAUUCGCUGCAGACGUGGCGGACAUGGGCGGCGAUUGUAGCAUCAUCCGCAAUACGGAUGAAGGAUCGCUACGAUAUCAGCACUGAGGAUGAUAGCGAAAGCCUGAAGAAAGAGGGCUCGAUCAGCCGGGGUUCAGAUGAGUCGAUGAAGGACAGCCGAGAUUCCAAUGGAGAAAAAAGCCAGUCGAGUCUGCACGACGACGGAACCGAUACCGAUUCCAGUGAAUGGGAGAUGUCUUACGCCGACCCUAGCCAUAAAUACGAGAAUAGGCCGCCGCCAUCUCUCAGCGAUAGAGGUAUCGAUGAGUGGCGCGAGGAGUACAGCGACCUUAGGCGGUGGACGAGGAAGAAGAUGUUGCCUACUAUCCCGGAAAACGAAGAGCUCUGCAUAAUAAACGAAGGGUCCAUGUUACGUGCAGGAAAAAGUCUACAAGAGAACAGGCAUCCGGAGGAACAUGAAUUGGCUCACGUACAGGGACUGGGCAGUUCGCAAGGGCAGCCCGUUUCUUCCUCGACGGUUUCAGGUUCGUUCUCCUUCGACAAACGUUUCGAGUUUGUGUAG